AUGUUUGAAUACACCGGCGCUCUGCUCACCAAACAGUUGCACCAAUUCGUCAGUUCUUAUCUCUUAUCAAAUCUAGUGUUUAGCUAUCAAUACGACUCUUUCGGUCGACUGAAGCUCCUGUCGGCCAGAGUCGGAUCAGUCAGUCUUCCGGCCAUUGAUUACGCCUACAAUCAGCGCACCGGACGUCUCGAAGCGAUCGCCAAUUUCCGCAUUUAUGACAAAUCGCUGAACGAGACGUUACUGACAGACGGGAUCGCCUCCUACUCGAAGACUUUCGACGCCUCACACUAUUUGCUUCAGUUAUCACUCGUGAUCGCCGACAAAGAGGUCUUCCGUAUGGAUCUGUCGUACAAUACCAACGGCGCGCUCAUCCAAUCCAAGACUUUUAUGCGCCAUUUGGGCGCCAGUAAAGUGCGGCUCCAGAACUACACCUACGAUAAUGACCAACAGCUGGUGGAAGUGAUGGGAAGGGAUCACUGGAAGUUCUCCUACGACGACAACUCCAAUCUGGCGACAAUGCAAUACAUGGGCAAUCGCAUCGACAUGUUAUAUGACGCCAGCGAUCGGAUCGUCAGCUUCGGUGAAACGCCUUAUAUUACGGACGCGAAAGGGUUUGUCAUUCAGAGGGGAGAAGAGAGGUUUACAUUCAAUUCGUUGGGACAACUCAUGAGAGCCCAUCGGCUCUCACGUUAUGACGUCCGCUAUAUGUAUGACUCGAGGGGUCGGCUGUCUGUCCGCAAAGACAGCUACGGAAACGUAACGCAGUAUUUCUACGGCGAUAUAUUGAGGCCAAGUCUUGUCACACACACCUUCAAUAACGCCGACGCCAGAGUCACUACUAUUGUAUACGAUGACCAGGGGGUGCCCCUCACCACUCAGGUAAAUCACGAAGUCUUCUACAUAGCGUGCGAUCAAAUCCGGAGUCCAGUGUUGGUGUUGGACCACAGGGGGGAAGUGGUGAAAGAGGUGCACAGA